AUAUACAGCUAUCUUUAUCCACUUUUAUUUAUUAGACUGGUUUCGUUUUAGACUCUUUUCAUUUGUUAAUGACAGCACCAAGUAGAUAUAAUCCACCGCCACCUCGAGAAGUUCACGUAAGAUUAGGCAAAGGAGUCAGUGCCACACUUGCCAUACCGCAUUCCGUUGAUGCCAAGAAUCCCUUUGAAGCAGGUUUUGCUCCGGCCACCCAUAAAGCAGCAUUGAUCCUCCAUGGCCAAGCAGGACAUCGUAACUAUUGUUACCAGAAACUUACUGCCCAUAGACUUGCUGCCGAAUUAGGAAUCUACUCCCUCCGGAUCGAUUUCCGGGGUUGUGGAGACUCGGCAGACAAUGUCGAUAGAUUAGUAGGCCGUCAGUUGGAGCAAGACCUAGAAGAUAUCCAAGACCUGGUUGAAUUCUUAAUGGAUGGUACCAAGAACACCCUUGGGAUUGACUUGACUUUGUCACUGAUUAUUGCCCAUUCUCGUGGAGGUGUGGCCAUGUUCUUGUGGGCCCAAAAUCAGGACGCAUUAUUGAAGCGAGGCGACCCACGAGCAAUAAUUGUCCCCAAUUUGGUAAACUGCUCAACUAGAUAUGACCUGCCUUCGGUGAUGGACCGGUACAGUUUCUCUCCCGACACCGAUUUUAUUCCUAUAAAGAUGUUUAGACAUGGUAAACUCCAGGAAAUGGAAUUGGCUGCACGGGAAAUCUAUGGUCUUGCUAUUCCUGAUUUCUCGAACUUGUACCAAUUAUCCCGUGAUUGGUCUGUAUUGUCUGUUUAUGGCCUUCAGGAUAAUAUCAUCCCUGUAGAUGAUUUUACCAACUUUGCUAAUGUGUUGAAUCGCGGUCGUCAUUCACAUAGAUUGGAAGUUAUUCCUGACGCCGAUCAUAAUUUCUAUGGUACCACGAAAAUGGGACCCGAUGAUGAUAUUCAUGAAUUCAAUCCCCAUAAUUACCCCAUUAAACGUGGAGUUAUCAACUAUAAUGCCCUUGUUUCUGAUUACAUAAUAGACUAUCUUCUGCCAGAAAACGAAAUGGAAAGAUUUUUAAGCACCAGCAAUGUUAUUGGUCGAGUAUCUCGUUGGAAAGAAGUUGAAGGUGUGAAUAAUUUCCGGGAUAUCGGAGGAUGGAGAAUCCAUUCACCCACAUUCAAAUUACGCCUGGAUACCGUGGCUCGGGAGUCUCAUGCUCAUUUAAACUAUUACGUCAAGCCUCAUGUUGCGUUCAGGUGUGCAAAUAUUUCUGGAUUGACUCCAAAGGGAGCAGAAACGUUACAAACCUUGGGGAUCAAGGCCAUUUUCGAUUUGAGAUCCGAUGGGGAGGUUAAACAAGAUGGAUAUCCGCAAAAUUUAGAGCAGUAUGGCAUUGUAAGAAUACAUGCUCCUGUGUUCACCAAUGAUGAUUACUCGCCCCAGGCCAUUGCAUUGAGAUAUACUAACCUCAUGACUUCGUGGUCGACUUAUAUCCAUGUGUAUGAAGACAUGUUAGAACUUGGUACUUUUGCCUACAAGACCGUGUUUGAAUUCAUUCGCGAUCAAAACCAGCCAUUUGUGUUCCAUUGUACUGCUGGUAAGGACCGUACUGGUAUCUUGGGAAUGUUGAUUUUGUUAUUAGCAGGAGUUGACAAGAAUACCAUUGCCAGAGAAUACGAAUUGACCACGGUGGGUUUAAGACCUGAUCAUCCUAUUUUAAGAGGUAAAUUCCAAGAAACCGUCAGGAAAUUGCGUGAGAAAUUGGGUGAUUCCGGAGCUGGAUUUGAUUUGCUCAUGUCUCACGGAAGAAAGAACUGGAGGGUUGAAGAAGACGGAUUUGAAAACUUAAUUAGUUCCAGAUAUGAAGCCAUGUUGGCUACUGUUGGCUUGUUUAUGAAGAAAUACGGCAGUAUCACCAAUUAUAUGAAAAACAAGCUUCAUUUCAGCCAGGAGGACAUCAUCAAGAUUUAUGAAAACUUGGUUGUUGUAGAUCCUCAAAAUUUUGGAUUUGAAGCCAGCUCUCAUGUCAAUUGGGAUCAUAGAAAUAUGGGCAAGGCCAAAUUUUAGAAAUAGAUGUGUAUUAGUUUUUUUUCUCUGUCGUUACAUAAUCGGUAAUGGACGUUGUUUGAAAAUCAUUUUCUUUUUCACUAUAUCAACAAGUCGUAUCUUUUCGUCGUCAUCUGUCAUGUCGUCUGUUUUUACAGGCACGCGUAAAACCGCCAAGGGAUGGUCUAGUUUAACAAUAUUCCCUAUUAGACGCUGGGAUUUACCGAUGAAUAGCGUAACUUUGGUCUCAUCAGCGUCUAUUUCAAGUCUUCCAAACUUCACAGCAUCGUAUAUCUCGUCUACUUUUAUGAAAUUCUCAAUGUAUUCUCGGUUGGAUUCGGUGAUAGCGACAUUGGGGACAUGAGUAGGUAGGUUUAAUUCACCCUGGAUUUCUAGAAUGGUUAGACCUAAGGGUGUUGAUAUUAGAUUAUCUUGGUGCGGUAAUAAUUGCCCAUCGGAGUUUAGUAUGUCUUUUGCUUGGGAACAGUCAAUUGAAGCAGUGGGCAUCGUUGGCUUGUAGUAGUUCAGUGUUUGGUUUGUUGGACGC